AUUUAUUUUCUUCACCGCUGAUUGCGACCCCAUUAACCUAAUCCUUAGCAACUUCGUUUUUAUUCAAGGCUUAUCUUCUUGUUGUUCCUCUAAGUUCUAAUCACUCCCUUCUUAUAAAUACACACACAUACAUCACCCAUCACCCCAGGUUGUGGAUUCAAAUAAUUUUUUCUAAGCUUUCGUGGUUAGAAAAGUUUCUCCUUGUUCUCUCUUGCUAUAUGUUUUGAUCUUAUAUGUUCCUUGGGUCCUAAGUUUUCAGUUUAAUGGCGGGGGUUGCUGGUAAUCAGCCUUUGUACAUCUGCAGGAAUUGCAAAAAUCCUAUUGCACUUCGCAGUGACCUUCUUUCUAAAGCUUUUAUUAUUGGUGCAAAAUGCUCAUUCUCCAAGAUACCUUUCUUUAGAGGAAAGAAGGGAAAAUCUGGGCCAGCAUAUAUGUUUUCUCAUGCAAUGAACAUCAUUGCUGGGCAAAAAGAGGACAGGAAGCUCAUAACUGGUGCAUACAGUGUUGCUGACAUCUAUUGCUGCAACUGUGGGGAGAUCCUAGGCUGGAAAUACUUACGUGCUUAUGAGAUGCAACAAAAGUCCAAGGAAGGGAAGUUCAUAAUCGAGACAGCGAAGAUCGCCAAGGAAUAUUAAUAAUCCUAAAUGUGAAGACAAUAUCCAUAACAGAUUCCAUUAGAAAAAAGGUCCUUGCUUCAUUUGUCCCAGAUAGAAUAUGAUCAUGUUGGUUCCACAUUUUCAGCUGUACUCACUAUAUGUGUGUGCCAUACUAUAGGCACUUUGUACCCAAAACUUGAAGGUUUUAUUGGAUAAUUAAGUUCUAUAUUGCAUAAAAACUUGUGGCUCUUUGGUUCUGAAA